CUAGAGUAAUUACACAGGCGUUGAGAUCAAGUCUUCAGAAGCGUCAGAUCAGAUAGAUCGCGCUGUAAUCCAGGAUGUUAUAGCUCAUCUGUCAACCUGUGCAAAAGGGAACUAUCCCCUCAGUCGUGAUUUCUGCUUCGGGUAAGCGACUAUAUCUCGCUACAGUGGACGAAGAGGCCUUGAAUAUAGCGACGCAUCGCUGCCAAAGGGAAUCCAAAGAGGAAAGCGCGAUAAAGCGGCAUUAUUAACUCGGGCUAUUCGCCUCUGCGCCUCGGAUUUUGUUGGCGCUUCCAUGGACACAUCAGGUUGAUGCGCAGGAGCCGAGAAGGACUGUGCUUGCUAGCUGGAUCCCACUGGCCAAUCAAUGGAAAUAACUAAGCUCUUUUAGACUCAUUAAAGAUUAAUUAAAUACCUCAUUCUCAAAUCGUUAAGGUCAAUCGUCAUUAUCACAGCCAAGUGCUCUAGCAGAUGACAGGCCUAUCUGGUCCUUCACCUGUAUGACCAGACAAUUACAGGUCAGCCCAGCUCUGAUCCAGGAUUCAGGACAGGGACCUCCAUCAUUCCGGCUUUUUCCUCAAACUCACCCAGUCUAUAGACGUGCUCCCACACAGUUGCCACCAUUCGCCCCUCUCUCGCCACAGCAGUUCUCCCGUCCAGGCCCCGCUCCGGCCCGGCGUCAGGCAUGGCGCCUCAGGGGCGGGAUCACCUGGCCACACGGGAGACUGCAGGCCGUAGACGGAGCCCAAAUGUGCGGCACACGCUCAGCCCGGAGAAUCUUCGGAGCUUAGCCGAGCGCGGUGGAGCCGAGCAGACUGGAGCUGGACUCCCCAGAGCCAACAGUGAUACAGACCUGGUCAGUUCUCAAGGGCGAUCCUCGCUCACAGCUUCUACUUUAGAGUUCACUCUGGGCCGGGGCCAGAACUUGGUCAUCACGUGGGAUAUCAAGGAAGAGGUGGAUGCUACAGACUGGAUUGGCAUGUACCACAUAGAUGAGACCUGUCCAUCAAAUAUGUGGGACUGCAAGAACCGCGGGGUUAACGGUACACAGUGUGGUCAGAUUUUCUGGAGGCUGGAGGCAGGACCGUACUUCCUUGAAGCUGAGACAAGGAUCUGUUUUAAGUACUAUCAUGGAGUAAGCGGUGCACUGAGAGCCACAACUCCCUGCAUCACAGUCAAGAACCCCAGAGCUUCGGUCGACGGUCAAGGUGAAGGACAGCAAGCUUCAGACAGCAGCCGGAAAUUGGUCAGCUUUACUCUAUCAGAUAUCCGGGCUGUGGGGCUGAAAAAAGGGAUGUUUUUUAACCCAGACCCUUAUUUGAAGAUGAGCAUUCAUCCUGGCAAGAAAAGUUGCUUCCCGACAUUUUCUCAUCAUGGUCAAGAGAGACGAUCUGGCAUUACAACUAACACUACUAAUCCUGUGUGGCAUGGAGAGAAACACACUUUUGUGGCUCUUAUGACAGACGUCUUAGUGAUUGAGGUCAAAGACAAGUUUGCUAAAAGUCGACCUAUUAUUAAGCGCUUUCUGGGUCAACUGAACAUCCCGGUGCAGAUGCUGCUGGAGAGACACGCAUCAGGGAACCAAUCACUGAGCUUCUCUCUAUGUCGUCGUUUGCCCACUGAUCAUGUGAGCGGUCAAAUGCACUUUAAAGUGGAUGUUACAUCUAUGGGCCAAGAUGACAUUUCUCCUGAGACGAUUCUGGGGGCAGCAGCCCUCAAUGGAGCUCCUGGAACCCCUUCAGAUGAUGAAGAUCUGCCCCAUCCUCUCCCUGUCCCAUCAGCAGGCCCUUCCCCCACUGGCUCCCUGGGUUCCCAUAGAAAUGGUGACGGGAGCAGCAUUCCCUCCCCAGACACAGAGAUGUAUGGUACCACCCUGGACGAUGAAGCCCCUUCUUCACCUGACCCGCUACAGGUUUCUUUCAGUGAGCAGCUUGAUGCCAUUGAUGCCCCUAAGGGCCCGGGAGAUAGGCCUUUUGGGGCAGCUUCUCCCAAACUACGAUCUAGCUUUCCCACACAUACGCGCCUCAGCGCUAUGUUGCAUAUUGACUCAGAUGAAGAUGAGGAAAGAUCCGCUGCUACAGAGGCUACGCUACCUACAUUUAGUAGCGCUUCAAGGACUCAAAACAUCCCCACAAAACCACCAAUAACAGAACCUGUGGUUGAAAGAACUGUAGAGGAACCUCCAGAAGAGGCAGAGCUGGAGUCUGAAAUAGAGACUCUGAAUAUAGGACCAGAGGUGGCUCCUGAGCCAGAGGUUGUGCCGAGUUCAGUGGCCCCUGAGGUGGAAACCGCCAGUCUGAUAGAGAGGCAAGAGGAAGAGGAAGAAGACGAGGAAGAGGGGCUUGCACCCAGUGAGGAGCUGGCAACUGAAGUUGAUAUCUCUUCAAUGGCAUCUGACUGCAGCCCAGGCCUUGUGUCUGCUUCUCAGGAGGCAGAACAAGGGGCAGAGGCAGCCAUUGACCCAGGGGGAGAAGAUCUUUCAGAUGACCCACCCACAACUUAUGAGGUUGUUGAAGAAACCGUUCCAAAAAAUGAGUUAGAGAGGGACGCCCCAAAACCAGAACCAUCAGCCAAUGAGGAAGAGGAAUGUGAAGAUGUGACUGAGGACACAAUGUCCAGAAGAUGGAGCCUGGAGGCGACAGCCGGUGUGUCACAGGAGGAUGAAGAGGAAGAGGAGUUAAUGCCUUCAGUAGACGGAGAAUCUGUGGAUUCGGAGACCUUCAUUACGGAGACAGAAUCAGAAUUAGGUGUCCCUCAGAUCAACGGCGAUCAGCGUGUUUGUUCUCUGCCGUCUGUAAGACAAGACAUCCACCGAUACCAGCGUGUGGACGAGCCCUUACCUCCUAACUGGGAGGCUCGUAUUGACAGUCAUGGCCGUAUCUUCUUUGUGGAUCAUGUGAACCGCACCACCACAUGGCAGAGACCCACUGGCCCACCUGCUCCCCAGGGUCUGACCCGCUCCAGCUCCAUACUGCAGAUGGAGCAACUCAACCGCAGGUAUCAGAGUAUUCGUCGAACUAUGACCAAUGAAAGGUCUGAGGAACAAAGAGUGGAUGAUCCUCCUUCUGAAGAGACAGAACUGCUGCCCCACUCCAUCGGUGAAUACCGAAGGGACGGCUUUAUGGGUCAAGCCAGCUCACGUUCUCGUCUGGCUUUGCUGCUUCAGUCUCCCGGUGCAAAGUUCCUCUCCAGUCCAGACUUCUUCUCUGUUCUGCAUUCUAAUCCUGGUGCCUAUCGCAUGUUCACAAGUAAUACGUGUCUGAAGCACAUGAUCAGUAAAGUUCGACGGGACGUCCAACACUUCGAGCGGUACCAGCACAACCGGGACCUUGUCAACUUCCUCAAUCUGUUCUCCAACAAGCAGCUGGAGCUGCCACGGGGCUGGGAGAUGAAACACGACCACACUGGGAAGCCCUUCUUUGUGGAUCAUAACUGUCGUGCCACAACAUUUAUUGACCCACGGCUGCCUUUACAGAACUCGCGGUCCAGCGGCCUGCUGGCGCACCGACAGCACCUGUCCCGCCAGCGCAGCCACAGUGCAGGAGAGGUAGCCGAUGACUCUCGCUCUCCGAGUCCUCCUGUCCAGGGCCGGUCGCCAAGAAACCGUCAGUAUCAGGACUUGGUGCCUGUAGCUUAUAAUGAGAAGAUUGUCGCUUUUCUGAGACAACCCAACAUUUUUGAGAUUCUGCAAGAAAGACAGCCGGAGCUUGUGAGAAAUCACUCCCUUAGAGAGAAGGUUCAGUUCAUCCGCAAUGAGGGCCCAACUGGGUUGGCCCGUCUGUCCAGUGAUGCAGACCUAGUUAUGUUGCUCAGCCUGUUUGAAGAGGAAGUGAUGUCUUAUGUGCCACCCAAUGCCUUACUGCUCUCCAGCUACUGUCAUGCGUCCCCUCAGAGCUCCCCUGGAACUCCACGAGCCAAUGCUCGAGCCCCUGCACCCUACAAGCGGGAUUUUGAGGCCAAACUAAGAAGCUUUUACCGCAAAAUGGAAACCAAGGGCUACGGGCAGGGGCCAGGAAAAGUGAAGUUAAUAAUUAGAAGAGACCACCUUCUGGAGGAUGCUUUCAACCAGAUCAUGUGCUAUUCUCGCAAAGACCUACAGAGAAGCAGGCUUUACGUCAGCUUUGUUGGAGAAGAAGGGCUGGACUACAGUGGUCCAUCCAGAGAGUUCUUCUUCCUGGUUUCCCGUGAGCUUUUUAACCCAUACUAUGGACUAUUUGAAUACUCAGCUAAUGACACUUACACUGUGCAGAUCAGCCCCAUGUCAGCCUUUGUGGACAACCAUCAUGAAUGGUUCCGGUUCAGUGGACGCAUCCUGGGGCUCGCUCUAAUUCAUCAGUACCUGUUGGAUGCAUUCUUCACCCGACCAUUCUACAAAGGCCUUCUUCGCAUUCCAUGUGAUUUGAGUGAUCUAGAGUUUUUGGAUGAGGAGUUCCAUCAGAGUCUCCAGUGGAUGAAGGACAAUGACAUUCAGGAUAUGCUAGACCUCACCUUUACUGUCAAUGAGGAGGUGUUUGGACAGAUUACAGAGCGUGAGCUGAAGCCGGGUGGGUCUGGCAUCCCUGUGUCAGACAAGAACAAGAAAGAGUACAUUGAACGCAUGGUGAAGUGGCGGAUUGAGAGAGGGGUGGCCCAGCAGACAGAGAGUCUCGUGAGAGGAUUCUAUGAGGUGGUGGACGUCCGACUCGUCUCCGUGUUUGAUGCCCGAGAGCUGGAGCUGGUCAUUGCUGGGACAGCGGAGAUUGACCUAGCCGAUUGGAGAAGCCAUACAGAAUACAGAGGAGGUUACCAUGAUAACCACAUAGUGAUUCGAUGGUUCUGGGCUGCAGUGGAGCGUUUCAACAACGAACAAAGACUACGACUCCUUCAGUUUGUUACAGGCACUUCUAGCAUUCCUUAUGAGGGGUUUGCCUCUCUGCGGGGCAGUAACGGCCCACGUCGAUUCUGUGUGGAGAAAUGGGGCAAAGUGACCUCCCUCCCACGGGCUCACACCUGCUUUAACCGCCUGGAUCUCCCUCCCUACCCCUCCUUCUCCAUGCUCUACGAGAAGAUGCUCACUGCUGUGGAGGAGACCAGCACCUUUGGUCUGGAGUGAGCUCCCUACACAGGAAAAGUGCCAUUUGAUUUUUUUUUUUUUUUUUUUUUGAGUUCUCCACAACCUGGCUUACCAUGCAGGCUUCAUUCUCAACCCUCACUCUUGGCUAUGACCUUGGUAACUGGACACUUAGGUGUUUUGUCAAAUCUACGGAACUGGAAUAUAUCAUCAAAUGACUCACUGGGCAUGUGCCAACUCCUGCUCUAUACUGUAUGGAAUCAAACUCCUGUGGUAACUGCAUUUAAUUCCUCACACAAAAAGAGACUUACACAUCCACAGAAAUCAGAGCUGGAGUCCUGAUCACCUGGUUUUGGUUCUCCUGUCUGGACCAGUACAUUUUGAUCUACGCUGUAGGGUUUUGCCUUUUUUUCUUGAAUGAGCUACUUUUUCCAAAGAUGUUUCAUUACAGUAAUGUAGUCACUUUAUUUAAUAUUUGUAGGGUCUGUAGGAAUAAACCUGUGAUAGUUUUUUUGCUGCAGGGCUUUGUCAUGAGCCCCUUUCACACUGCGAUUCUGGCAAAUACACGGGUAAAGUGUUCCGGCAUUUGUUCCU